CGCAGAGUUAUUCACGUGAUCAAGUGGAUGUUUAGCAAAGGCCAUGGCUUUACAAUGAACACUUAUGGAUGUCUCCUCCGGGCUUUGGACAUUGAUGGCAGGGUGGACGAGGUUGAGCACAUCUGGCAUACUUUUGUGGUGACGAAACAAGAGAGCGUCCCCAGAGUUAUGUAUGCUCGAAUGAUCACGAUGUAUGAUCGGCGAGCAUUGCCAGACAAAGCUAUCAAGAUGUUUAAAGAGCUGGAGCUUUCAGGAACGAGGCCGGACCCAGCGACAAUAAUCAGGAUCGGGAAGAUUUAUGAGAAGCUCGGUUUCACGAAUAAGACGGCGGAGCUACUCGAGAAGCACAAGCCAACGAAGAGGUUCAUAUCGUUUAAGUUCAGAACGAAGAGUCACAAAUUCAUGGGAGUCCCGGGCCAUGACAGGAGGCGACUAACUUCUUCGGAGAAACAGAAAAAGAGGAAACUUAGAGAACGUCUUGCUACGAUCAUAGACUUUAGCUGAGGCGAGCUUCUGGUCUUCUACUUUUUCUUCUUGAUCAGGGCCAAAUCUAAAAAAGUUUCUAUAGAUCAAAAGCGGAUUUUUUUUCCGGCAGCACCCCGUUUGUAAGUCAUGGAAGUCCAAAUCCAUCCUUUAGCCGGCAGUGGUGCGAAAACAGUGGCGACAAGGAAUCACCCCGGGUAAGGAGGGCGGGGGAGGAGGAGGACGCUGCGGCGGCGGAGGAUGAUCGCGUGGCGGAGCUGUGCCGGGCGAUAGAUUUGCAAGUGCAAGCGAGGGCGGCGGCGAUUCGAGCCAUCCGCGACGCGCAGAUCGCCGAGUUCCUGGCGCAGCUCCAGCUCCAGCAGGCGAGCUUGUCGGAAGCAUGCCGAUUUGCGAGUUCCUGGUUUCUGCCCUAACACCGAGCUCGUGUGCAAGGAGAGCGGAGUGGUGGAGAUGAGGAAGAAGAAGCUGCCGACCAGCGAUGCCGGGGACCCUCUGGCUUCCUUGUUUGCGCUCAGUGCGCUCAAGAACACUAGCUCCACCGCCGCUGCCACCGCCGCCGCCGCCGCCACCGCCAAAAAGAGCUCCGCUUCCUUCUUUUGCACGCCGCGAACCUUGGGUGGUGGGAUAUCCUCGAGCAUGAAGACUCGAAGUAUGCGCUGAGCUUUAGAGGCUGGGCUCUUGCACCAAACAACCAUUCCUUGGAUCAAUUUCCAUCGUGGACGGGAGGGAGGACAGGUAGCUGGUCUUGUUGGAUGGAAUCAGGAAUCUCAUAUUGUGUUGCUCUUCUGUCAGAUCAGUCAAUCAGACGUUCUUCUCAAAUUGAUGUGCAACAAGACAGUAAGUAUGUCCAUGCAUCACUUCGAAGUUUCAGGUCUUGUCAUGGAAGGGAUAUCCGUUGUUUCCGUCUUCCUAGCCGGAGCUGGUCAUUUGGAUAUUGGCAUGCGUACUUUUAGAUGGGAGUGACGUUAUGAAAUAGGUGUCAUGAGUUCGGAAGUUAUCGUCACCUUGAGGAAAAAAUCUUGAGCAGAUAAUGGCUGCCUCAACAGGAUAUCAAUGGUUUGA